AUGUCACAAAUUGACCAAGUAACUGCAAUACAGUUGUCUGACUCCUGGUUCAAUGCAGUUAUCAUCGAGUCCCUAGCACAUGGUGCGAUGUAUAUACACGGCACUAGUGGCAGUUUUACUGUGGCAGAUUUGCAUCAGACGAAGGUCCUAGUUGGAAUUUCCAUCUUCAUGUAUAUCAUGGUAACGAUCCACAUCGCUAUGAGAUGGUAUUAUGCUAGACGGGCAUUCAUCACAAAUGGGCAGACAGAGGAAACCAGAUUUGGCGGUGCUGGGUCAUAUGGGGAAGGAAUUGGAGGGUCAUCGUCCUUCCAUCCAUAUGCACAAUCUGUGGGAUACGUAAGUCACUACGACUCUGAACAUAACUCGAAUUGCUCACUAUUCCAAGUCUUCGAUGUUUUCUUCUUGAUUCAAGAGUUGACACCCUUUACUGGUUCACAAGGGGAUUCUGCGACUCUGUGGGGAAGCAACUCUAUCACAUGGGGAGUAGCAUACUAUAGCAUGACACUCUCGACGACAAUCAUAUGUACGGUGCUCAUUGUGUACAAGCUAGUUCAAGCAAGAACUACCAGCUUGUCUCUAUCCGUUCCCGCUAAUCCGUACCACCGAGUCAUGGAGAUCAUGGUAGAAUCGGCUGUAUUAUAUGUUGUCACGCUAGUGGUCUACAUCCUGUUCAUUGCAAUGGAUAAUCCAUACAGUCUUUAUCCACAAGUUGUUCUGGUUUCUGUUACAGGAAAAUUCUCACUGAAUUUUCGCAGGGCAUUGCGCCGACUUUGA